CUGCGGUAUGCGCCGCAACGCAGCGUCACGACGCAGCAUUUAGCGUCCCUGCGGAGAGGUGGUCAGUUGAUUUUGCCGCAGCUACCAAGGUAGACGUGAACAUGAACAACUUUUCUGUAAUUUGUGCUUUGCUUGAAGAGGAGGAAGAAGAAGAAUUUUUACUGCUUCUGAAUAGACAAAGAAAAUCUCCGAGGAACAUGUUUUUACAACGGAGAAGUGAAGAAAAUAUCUCCCUCCAGCAAUUUUCUUUCACUAUCAAACUUUUAUGUUUUUUGUCUUUAUUUUUAUAUAAAGAAGGAUAGUUGCGAACUAAUUCUAUCAAAUCGUCUUCGAAAAAAUCCAUUUUGACUCAGUGACGCACACCCGUGACGCACACCGCACGCCGCGGCGUUGAACCGAGAAUGACGCCGCGCUGUGCGGCACUACAUCUCCCCACUUCACUGCGCUUGCCCCUCGCCGCUGACGCAUACUGCGACGGAACAAGAGAACAUUUUCGACGUUUUUAAUAUGAUUGAGUGUCCGGCAACGCAUACCGCAUACCGCAGCGUUGUGCGUUAUGAUCACCAGACCAAAGCUUAAGAAAGACGAAAAGUCGAAAUUUUAUACUUCUUUUAAGAAUUCUUCAUUUUCUCCCACUUUUUGUAGCAAGUUACAGAAGUACAAACAAAUAAAGUGUUAUUCCAUUCCCAUUGACUUCAAUGUCACACAGCUUCUAAUAUAAUUGAUUUCAAUCUUUGUCAAGGUGUACUACACUAGUAUGUACUGUUGAAUAAUUAUACGGCGCGUGCGCAAGUCCUGUGCUAAUUAUAACAAAUAAAUAGUUAGCUGUCCCUCGACUGAUUUUGUAUGCGAAUCAGCCAAAAAUGACGAAAGGCAAACACCCCCAUAAGCGCUCGGAAGGCAAAGUGCUGAACUUCGACCAUCUUGUAUUCUGGGUCGGGAACGCUAAAACUGCUUCAAGUUAUUUUUUCACGAGGUUUGGCUUCGUGCCCCUGGCGGUGCGCGAAGCUACAGACAAUAGGCCGAUACAAUCGUAUGCAGUGAGACUAAACCAGAUCACUAUUGUAUUCGAGUCCCCAACAUCUUCAAAUUCUGAGGUAACUAAAGAUUUAACUGCCCAUGGAGACUUCGUAAAGGAUGUUGCUUUCGAAGUCCAGGACUUGGAUGAACUGGUCCGGAAGGCCAAAGAAGGAGGAGCAGAGGUGGUGAAGGGAAUCACAGAGGAAAAGGACAAGCAUGGGGUUGUUCGAUAUGCUGUGCUUAAGACGUAUGGGGACAACACUCAUACACUCAUAGACCGCAGCAAAUACAAAGGAGUUUUAUUACCGGGAUAUGAAGAACUGCCUGCUGAUGUACUCAGCACGACCCUACCAGCUACUAAUUUGAUGUAUAUAGACCAUGUUGAGGGUAAUAUGGCUGAUGGUACUCUUGAAGAUUCCGUGGCCUGGUACGAAAAGAAUCUCAAUAUGCACCGGUUUUGGUGUGUUGACUACAAGCACGACUUGGUCCCAUACUCCUGCAUUAACUCAGCCUCCGUCAUUAACAGAGAUGAAAACGUUCUUCUAUCGAUGAACGAAGCAGCCAAAGGUCUUCGUCCAACGAGUAAGGCGAGCGAGUUCGUCAAGGCCUUUGGUUCUUCAGGAGUUGAGCAUAUUGCACUGUAUACUGAUGACAUCAUUACUACUAUGCGCAAUCUAAAAUCCCGAGGUGCUGACAUACUGUCAUGGCCGCCGACUUACUACGACUUGAUCCGAGAGAAACUCAAACACAGCUCGGUCAAAGUCGCCGAGAGUCUUGAACUUCUUCAGGAGAACAACAUCCUGAUCGACUUCGAUGAACGAGGCUAUAUGCUGCAGGCUUUCACGAAGCACCUGCAGGCAAGACCGACUGUCUUCAUUGAGAUAUUGCAGAGGAGAAACCACCGGGGUUUCGGAGCUAUGAACUACAAAUGGGUUUUUGAGGCAAUUGAACGAAUGGACAUCUCUAAGCAAGAUAGCAGUGAAAAUCCUGAAAAUGUGAAGAAAACUGAUGCGGCCUGAUUGUACAACUUGUUUUUUCUUGUAUACCUACUUAUAGAAUUUAAUAAAGAAUUAAGUAAGCAUUGAAUUAACGAACAUUUUCGUUAUUAAUAUGCUUUUUAAAAGAGGGUUAAUCGAUAUCAAGGGGCCUACCCCCAUCGUCUAUAUUAAUAUUAUUGUAGGUAUGGUAGGUCACCUGCUCACUGUAUCACAUUAUUAUUAUUAUCUUUUUAAAUAAUGUUGAGACCAAUGUAAAUAAACGUUACGAGUACCUAACUUAA